GUAGCAAAAGUUUCCGGACGCAGCCAGUGUGAACAAUCCGGAUUGUUUUUGGAGUUGUUGUGGUGGUUGAUCUCCUCUCCAGCACUGCAGGGGGAGCUGCUUCAGCGCAAAGACCUGAAAACACAGAGAAGAAGCAGCUGCUGACGUUUGAGGAUGAUGGAGUAACGCAGAUAAACACUGCGAUUUAAGUGGGUUUUAUUGUGUUAAAGAGCUCCGGGGAGACGCGGAGGGACAGCAGUGAAGAUGUUUGAAGGCUGGGGAUCAUGGCUGGGCAUGGAGACUCCCCCCGGGCCCGAGAGAGCGGGGGAGGAGGGCUUCACAGCGCUGGAGGAGGAGGAGAAGAAGGAAACAGGCAGAGAAAUAAACAAAGCAGAAAACAGCAGCGAGACCCAGGCAGAGACCGAGGAGAACCCGCCGCUGAUUAACCAGGCUAAAGGUCUCAGCGGAUACAUUUUCAACUUUGCCAGCAGUGCAACCAAGAAGAUAUCUGAGUCUGUUGCAGAGACGGCAAACAGUAUAAAGAAAAGUGUAGAGGAGGGCAAAAUAGAUGGCAUUAUUGACAAGACCAUUCUAGGAGAUUUUCAGAAAGAGCAGGAAAAGUUUGUGCAAGAGAAGAAUGCUAAAAAAUCAGACACAGCUGUGCCUCCCUGGGUGGGAUACAGUGAGGAGGAGACUAUCCAGCAACAGAUACUUGCUCUAUCAGCUGACAAAAGAAACUUCCUUCGUGACCCUCCAGCCGGCGUGCAGUUCCAGUUUGAUGUUGAUCAAAUGUAUCCCAUUGCCCUGGUCAUGCUGCAGGAAGACGAGCUGCUUAACAGGAUGCGUUUUGACUUGGUGCCCAAACAGGUGAAGGAGGAAGUGUUCUGGAGGAACUAUUUCUACCGUGUGUCUCUCAUAAAGCAGUCUGCUCAGCUCACAGCGCUGGCAGCACAGCAGCAGGCUGCUGAAAGAAGAGAGGAAGAGAAGAACGGAGCUUCUCCACAGACCGAGAGCAUACCAGAAACCAUCAGACCAAAAACACCACCUACAACCAUCAAUGCGAAACCCAAGUCCAAUGAGCACGAGGAGGAGGAGAUCUCUACCAGCCCUGGCGUUUCUGAGUUUGUGAGUGACGCAUUUGAUUCAUGUAAUAUCAAUCAAGAAGACCUGCGGAAGGAGAUGGAGCAGCUGGUUCUGGACAAGAAAGAGGAUGUGUCCCCUCAGGAUGAAGAUGCAUCAGAGUGGGAGAGGGAGCUGCAGAGGGAAUUGCAGGAGUACGAGGUUGUGGCAGACACGGAAAACCGUGAUGACAACUGGGACCGUGAGAUUGAAGAGAUGUUGCAGGCUGAUAGCUAAACUCUAGAUCUCUUAGAUCGUGUUCUGGUGUGGACACAACUCUGCAUUGGAGGAGAAGAGCGAGAAGAUAAUGGACCAGAAAAGAAUCAGCCAAGAGUGGGUUUUAGAAGCCACUAUGUUAAGACAGGCUUAGUAUCAUGCUAUAUGAUUUCUUUAUAAAGUGUCUUUAUAUAAUAUGUUAAAAUGAAUUAAGAGGAAAGGUCUUUUAGGAAUCUCCCCCCAGGUUUAAGGGUAGUUGGAUCACUUUUUUUGGCUUCUUGUCAAAAGGCAUAGCGUCUACUGUAAGCUUUGCUGAUGAAAAAUGGUUAGUUUUGUCUUUUUAUAGUGGGGAAGGAUCUGUCCAUGUGUUUUAAACUUAUCUGCAACUGAUUUUAGUGUCAGAAUAAAGAGAUCAGAAAGCCUUGAGUUUAAACACAGCCAAUUAGGUCCCAUAUGACCUCUCUGAGAAUGCAUAGAAAGCAUUUAGUCCAUUUUUAUUUGUUUUUGAUUUAUUUACACCAUUUGCUGCCCUUUCCAUUGUGUGAAUAUUUCAUAAUAAAUGGACCAAUAGAAAUGUUGCAAAAAAAGUUGAAAUCAAUUCGACUUUUUGCAAGUUUUGAACUUUUUCCCUUUUCUCCUUUUGAGAUUCAGUUUCAGGGAAGACAUAAGUCAUGCUUUUGGUGACUGGUGAAGUUUAGGCUAGGUAUUUGUGUGCAUACCACCCUGGUAACUCCUGAAGUGUUUUACAUAGAAGGACUUUUUUGUCAAAUAAGGGGUAUUUAGGCAGAUUAGGUGCAGAUUUUUAUUGGUGUAAGAUAUAAAAUAUAAUGCGCUUAAAAAAAACAGCACACUUGGAUAACUGCACAUUUGGCUUGAAUGAAAACCAUCUACACUGGCCCAUUGCACAUAAAAUUGGACACCCCAUAGUUUGACAAAUUUAAAAGUAACGUCAACCUUACCCAAUUUUAAAAGAGCAAAUCAGCAGUCCUGUCACACAGUCCUUAAGGAUAAACUUCAAUUUGGAGUUUGAGCAUAGGUUAGCUCUAGACCAUUAAAGGUUUAUUGUGGCCUCUUUGUCCAAUACAGAAAAGAAUUUAUAUACAAAAGUAUAGUAAUAAUAAUUUAUCAUUUUGUUGUUUUUUUCUGUGUUGAUUUCUCUUUAUCUGCUGCAUAAUCACACUUUUGUGUCUGUCAUUAAAAGUUGUGUCUUUAAACUGUG